GCGAUGAUAAAAACUUUCUCGUUCCUCUAAAGACUAAUCUUUACACUCCGACGAUCAAAGUAGUGCGGCUCGAGAGGCCAUAGCUUCUCGUAUCUGCAUCUCCCAACGAGGCAACGACUAAUCUUUCAUAUUUACAACAAUCAACGGAAGAAACAAAGGGAAAACAAAGGUUCAUGGCAUCAAAGUUACAACAGUUACAAACCAAGGCUGCUCAGGCAUCACAGUUUGUUGCCAAGCAUGGAUGUGCUUACUACAAGCAAUUGAUGGAACAGAACAAGCAGUAUGUUGUGGAACCUCCUACCGUGGAGAAAUGCAAUCUCCUUGCAAAACAACUCUUUUACACUCGUCUUGCUAGUAUCCCCAGCCGUUAUGAGUCAUUCUGGAAAGAACUUGACUGUGUCAAGCACCUUUGGAAGAACAGGCAGGAGCUGAAAGUCGAGGAUGCUGGAAUAGCUGCUCUAUUCGGGCUGGAAUGUUAUGCCUGGUACUGUGCCGGUGAGAUUGUGGGGAGAGGAUUUACAUUCACCGGCUAUUAUCCCUAAGGAGAAGACACCUUAGGGAAAAAACUUCUUGUGGGUCAUAUUGUUUCUCAUCAAUAGGGUGGUUUAAGUAACUGACUUGUUUCUACAUGCAAAAUUUUGUUUUUCUGCAAAAGUUUUGAAGCUGACCAGUCAGCGAGACAAAGUGUGGUAGCCUUAAUAAACUCCAAAUUGGUAGAAUUCUAUUUACCUCAUCUGUGAACUGCA